AUGGGGAGUGAGGGGAAGGGGAGAUGGGUUGAGGCGGCCCAGUGCGGGGCCGGGGAGAGUACGGCGCGGACGGCCACCGGUACGGAGAAUGUGGGGCGCGGACCGAACAGGAAACGGAUCUUGGAUGAGGAAACGUACAUCGGGAAUUUGGAGGAAAUUAUCCAACGAGACUUUUUUCCUGAUGUGGAAAAGUUACGUGCUCAGAGAGAGUAUUUGGAGGCUGAAGAGAAUGGCGACAUGGAAAAGAUGCGUGAAAUAACCAUAAAAUAUGGUUCAUCACUGCGCAAACCAAACUCCGGAACUCCUGCAGCUUAUGUCACGCCUGCUACUUUUGAAACUCCCGAGGUUGUUGCAGGAUCUCCAUCAUCCCGGAAUAAAGCCUGUCAAGAUGGAAUGCCAAGUGCUGAUGAAGGAGAGAAGGACAGGAAGAAGGAAGAGAAAGAACUUCCAACCCUGGAUGCUUUCCUGGGCAGAAGCACUAGUGAGGACAAUGCCUCCUUCAAUCAGAUCAUCGAGAUUGCUGAAGAGAGGAACAGAAUCAAACAUGUGUGGCUAUAUGAUGCUGAGGAAAAAUCAAAGCAGCACCGUGAAGAAAUGCUGGCACUGCCAUCAUCCAAGUUCCAUGCCAUCACAGCUGGAAAAGCAGGCGUGGACACCUGGGAGUAUAAAGCCAAGAAUGAUCUGAUGUAUUACCCGGAAGGAGUGAAGGAUGAUGAGCUCUUCAAGAAACCUCGUGAGGUAGUUCACAAAAAUACCCGUUUCCAAGGUGAUCCAUUCAGUCGAGCCCUGAGCAAGUCCCAGCUACAGCAAGCAGCCGCUCUCAAUGCACAGUUUAAACAGGGCAAAGUAGGGCCUGAUGGGAAGGAGCUUAUCCCGCAGGAUUCGCCCAAAGUCAAUGGCUAUGGUUUUGUCCGGACUCCUUCACCGGCGCCAGGUGUGAAUGACUCCCCGAUGAUGACGUGGGGUGAGAUUGAAGGCACUCCAUUCCGUCUGGAGAGCUCAGAAAGUCCUCAUGUAGACAGGACGCCAGGACCAGCAUUUAAGAUUCUCGAACCAGGCCGCAGAGAGAGGUUAGGCCUAAAAAUGGUCAAUGAGGUCGCUGCCAAGAACAGAACCAAGAAGCAGGAAGCUUUGCGAAAGGCCACACAGAGCCUGGCGAGUCUUUCUCCGCAUGGAAUCAGCCCUGUGAUGUCACCAGCCUUGCAGCGUCUUGUCAAUCGGACCUCCAGCAAGUACACAGACAGAGCUUUACGUGCUAGUUACACCCCAUCACCGGCUCCCAAACAAACGCCACGUUGCAAAGUACCAUGUGUUGGUAUAACACCUAAUGCCCUUGGUGUCUUGCACACCCCGAGCAGCCAGGACCCCAGCUCCAUCACUGAUAACCUACUGCAGCUGCCUAGAAGGAAGAAAGUUGCUGAGCAUGUUCCUCCACAACCCAGCACCUCAUUGACCCUUCAACUCACAAGAGCUGAUUAUGAUGAGUUUGGAAAUCUGAAAUAUGUCGCAAAGAUAAGAGGAAUGUUUGAGAAGUAAAGACGAUUUCAUGUGUAUUCACAUUCAUACUGAGAUACAAAUACAAUCUCCCCGCCAAAGGACGCUUUCUGAUUCAACAAACUUGGUUUUGGUGCAACUCACAGUUGCUGUUGAUGUUAACUCUGUCUUUGCCAGCUCGUCCAUAAUUUGUGAGUUUGUAACCUCUCUGACCCUGAGUAAUGAUGUCUGAGGAAUGAAUAAUUUGUGUAUCCCACAGUGAAGUUUGCAGUGCAUACACUCACAUGGCUGUUCAACUACAUGCUUCAGAUGAUCCAGCGCCAACACUGCUUCAGCUUCUUGGUGUCUGCAGUAUAAUUGCAGUUAGGACUCUGGAAACUAUUUCCAUGAUUUAUUAACAUCAGUGUUCACUUGUCUCCUGUGAACUCCAAACAAACUUGCUCAACCCCUCACUGUCAGCCUUGAACUUGGGGGUGACAGCAGCUGAGCUCUUUUCAAAUUGAAGCUGCGUAUUCCAUCGAGUGGUUUUGGUUUGAAAAAAUGGGCAAAUUGGACAUUACUUUCUUGAAAAUCCCAACUUACCCUGGGCCAACUAUGCAGAUCAUCACCCAGAACAUGUGCAACAUCCUGGCAGAGCUCCCUCCCCUUCUCCUUCUGCAUCCUCCCCUCCCCUUUGGCUCCUUGCUUACCUCCAUCGGCCUCCCCUCCUCUCAGUCACUCCUCCCUUCUCCUCCCCUCCUGCCACCUCUCCACUCUCCUGUCCUCUCCUUAGUCAACCCUCCCCUCUCGUCUUCUGCCACCCCUUCCCUCCUCUCCUCCUCAGAGCCCCCUUCUCUUCCUCCUCUGUCAUCCCUCCCCUCUAUCCUCCUCCUCCUCUGUCACCCCUCCUCUCCUCUCUCCUCCUCUGUUAUCCCUCCCCUCUCUUCUACUCCUCCUCCUCCAUUAUCCCUCUCCUUUAUCCUCCUCCUCCUCUGUCAUCCCUCUCCUCUCCUGUCCUCCUCCUUCUUCACCCCACCCCCUCCUCCGUCACACUCACCAUCCCACUUUUUUCCUCUCCCUUCCCCUCUCUGUCACAUAUCAUCUUAUCCAUGCCCUGUCUCUUUGCCCCCUUCAUCCUCCCAUCUAUGCCCUCUCCUACCCCCUCUAUAUCUCUCUCUUUAUCUGUUUCUCCCCUCUAUCUGUGUCAUUUUCCUACUCUUUACCCCUGUAUAUGUCUGUCUCUCUCUCUCUUUCCCUCUGUAUCUCUCUCUUUGUCCCUCUAUGUGUCUGUCUUUCUCUCCAUAUAUCAAUGUUUUAAUCUCUGUCGUGUCUCCUCCACCCCACAAUUCUUCUCUCCCCCCAACCACUACUGUUGUUCUCCCCACACCCUGACUCUGCUGUUCCCUGUUCCACACCUCCUGUCUCUCUCUGUUGAUGCUACGAUGCUUUUUGUCCUCCAACCUCCUUGGGCAUUCCUUUGCUCCUGCCUAGGCAAUGAGUUGUGAUUGGUGAUGCCUUUGUAACACUUCAAGCGAACUGCAGGGUGGAGGCAGCCCUUGGUCAGGCUGGAUGUUAGGGUUCAAUGUCACUCGAUGAGCCUCGUCUGUCAACUGAAUGACAACUCACUCCAUAGUCCUGUGUGGAUUUGCAUUUUUUAUGAAGGUAUCUUUGCUAUCGUAGGUGCCCCAGGUAAGGGCACAAUCCAUCGCAGCACAAUAUGGUUUGAUAAUUUCGAUUAUUUUUGUCAAUUAAUACAGUAAUUUUUGUCCUUGUAAUAAAUGCUCCAAAGGUAAA